AGCGAUCUCACUCACUUGCCACAGUGAUYAGUCUCUGUUGUGAACGCGAACGCGUACGGAUUGUUUCGAGAAACGCGCGCAAACCGGUAUACAUAAGUGUGAGAAAACUUUGUUGUUCUAUUGAAAACCAGUUUUUGUAAACAAAAGUGCGAAGAUGGCCAAAUACGUUACGGACAAAGCGCUAUUCAAUGUCAGCCUGCGUAAUGCCUGCCUGGGCAUAUCGAUAUUCUUUCUGGUCAUGCUGGUGCUGGGCGUCAUAGCGCGACCGAGUUAUUUACACAGCAGUUCUUCGCUUGUAGGAUUCAUAAUUGAGCUGCUUGCCAAUUUGGCGCUGCUUUUCGGUGUUUUGUGGAGCAACGCCUGGCUGGUCUUAGCUUGGCUUGUCGUUGCCGUGCUGUUCUUCAUACAUUGGCCCAUCGCAGUUUUGGGAGUAAUUUUCAAUUAUGGCGAUUAUCGCGCAGCUGCUUUCUUCGACAAUGUAUUUCUCAUACUCUUCGAAUAUAUACUGGCUUUGGUGAUUUUCGGCUACUGCUCAUAUCUCGUCUACUCCUACUUCCAUCAAUUGCGGAAUAGUCAGUCUGCGACACCACAUGGCGUUGUUGUGUAAAUACAUAAUAUACCUAUGUACCUAGCCAUAUAUUUUUUGGUACAUACAUAAAUGUAUAAAUGCGUUAUGAGUACAAAAUCGAAAAAAAAACCAAAAUAAGAUUUUUUUUUGUUUGUUUAAUUCUAUGGCAGCAAUGUGUGCCCACCCUAAUGCAGCAAGCAUUUUUUAUAUAUGCAUUUUUAAAUUAUUAAUAUAUGAUUAUAUAUUAUAUAACUAAUCUACUU